AUGGAAGCAAAAGAGAAACUGAAAGAGGAGGCUGGCAAGUCCUUACAUUCUCAGUUAUGGCAUGACUGCGCCGGUGGCAUGGUCCAAAUGCCGGCAGUGAACUCUAAGGUCUUCUACUUCCCUCAAGGCCAUGCCGAGAAUGCGUGUGGCGUGUUGAUUUCAGGAACUUGCCCUAUAGUCUUGGCUGUCAAAUUCAUGGCUGAUCCUGAAACUGUCGAGGUCUUUGCUAAUAUCAGGUUGGUUCCAAUUAAUUCUAAUGAACUCGAUUUGGAUGACCAAGAAGUUGCAGUUAAUGGUGGAGGGGAAGCCGCACAAGACAAUAAUAAGCCAGUUUCUUUUGCCAAGACACUGACUCAAUCUGAUGCAAACAGUGGUGGAGGUUUCUCCGUGCCAAGGUACUGCGCUGAGAUGAUUUUUCCACGUUUGGAUUACACAGCAGAUCCGCCUGUGCAGACCCUUCUUGCUAAGGAUGUUCACGGUGAGACAUGGAAGUUUAGGCACAUCUAUAGAGAGGCACCGAGAAGGCAUCUUUUGACAACUGGAUGGAGCCCAUUUGUGAAUCAUAAGAAGCUUGUUGUUGGUGAUUCUGUUGUAUUUUUGAGGGCGGAGUAUGGAGAUCUUUGCGUUGGUGUUCGAAGAGCUAAGAGGGGGAUUGGUGGUGGGCCUGAAUGUUUGUGGAAUCCGGCUGGUGGGAAUUCUGCUGUGCCUUAUGAGGGUUUUAGUACGUUCUUAAGGGCUGAAUCGGUUAUUCAAGCUGUUACUCUUGCUGCAAAUGGACUGCCUUUUGAGGUGGUUUACUACCCUCGAGCCAAUACUCCUGAGUUUUUGUGUGAAGACCUCCUUGGUAAAAACAGCAAUGCGGAUCCAGUGGUGUUCAGGGAUGCGGUUCAAGAUGGCCUUCGAAACUGA